GGCUCAGGAAAUCCGCAGGGUCUCACAGCCGCGCCAAGAGAGAACAACAGAGGCCCGGGACCCCCUAUACACUUUUCUUCACUGUAGCUGUGGAAACUUUCCAUCGGCGCCGCCUGCGUCUCAGCUGAACUUGCAGACGAAAAAGCCAGCUCAGCUCACCGCUGCUCUCACUGCGAACCCCUCUCUAUCCCUCAGCGCCCUAAAACGAGGAUGGCGCCUCAUCCUUCGUGUGCGCCAGCUGUCCAAGUGACCCACCAGACCGAGCAGCCUUUCCCGAGCGCCCCAGAAGACAAAGUGACCUGCGUCGCAUCCGCUCCGCCCAGCCCCACUCGCGUACCGGGGAACAGCGCGGAAGCGGAAGGGGGUGGCUGCCGAGCGGCCUCGAGGAAGCUCCGGGCGCGGCGUGGGGGGCGCAGCCGGCCCAAGAGUGAGUUGGCUCUGAGCAAGCAGCGACGGAGCCGGCGCAAGAAGGCCAACGACCGUGAGCGCAAUCGAAUGCACAAUCUCAACUCCGCGUUGGAUGCGCUGCGCGGGGUCCUGCCCACCUUCCCGGACGAUGCGAAACUCACCAAGAUAGAGACGCUACGCUUCGCACACAAUUACAUCUGGGCGCUGACGCAAACGCUGCGCAUAGCGGACCACAGCCUCUACGGGCUGGAGCCGCUUGCACCGACCUGCGAGGAGCUGGGCAGCCCGGACGGCUCCCCGGGAGACUGGGGCUCCCUUUAUUCCCCAGUCUCCCAGGCGGGCAGCUUGAGCCCCGUUGCCUCGCUGGAGGAGCGCCCUGGGCUGCAGGCGCCUGCGUCCCCUGCCUGCUUGCAUCCUGGCGCCCUGGCCUUUUCAGACUUUCUAUGAAGGGGCCUGUCCGUCUCUGGGUGGUGGGUGCUGUGAAGGGAGAGGGCAGAAGCCGUGAGAGGUGCGCAGAGAUGCGCGGAGGCCCUCAGGCGUACUUGUUCCUCCUGCCUCUGGCUCGCUGACCUCUGGUGGGCUCAGGCGCGAGAGAGGCUGGCAGGCCGGGUUCAAUCCCUUGUCUUCUGCGCUGCGUCAAGGGCAACUCUCUGCCGCUGCCCGCAGGAGUGGGCACUGCAGACUCAGUGCGUUUUAGGCCCCCUCCCUGCAGCCACCCCAAAAUCUCGUGCAAAGAAGGCACAACGAUAGCACUACACAGCAGCAGACACUCACUGUCUCUGUCACCCUACCCUCACUGAAGUCUGUCUGCCCCUCUGCCUCUUACCACUCCCCUCCAACCCAGCGCGACUUAAUCCAAUAUUUUGUGUCAGCGUUUGCUCCUGUGGCCCAGUAUGCCUUCUUCAAAGAGGCCGCUGACCUCCUCUAGCCCCUGUCUAAUCCCAGGGUAUGGGCCUCUCCACUCUGCCUUAAUCCAUGAAGGUGAUACUUUGCCUUCUCCUGCACUUUUCAGAGCCACUUCCCUCCCAAGGGCCAGAGAUGAGGCUGUGAACUGGGAAAGCGUAGGGCGCCAGCUCCUCUGGGGGAGCGCCUCCCUCGUGACCCUGCAAACUGAAGUAAUCUUGUCUUUAAAAAAAAAAAUCAGUUUGUAAAUUACAUGAUAGCUUUUGAAUUAAUUUUUGUCUGGUAAAUUAUAUGGCCCCCUCCUCUGUUGUAGAUGUUUGUAUUUAUUGAUAGAUUUCACGGUGGGAAAAGUCUUUAUUUUGUACAUAAGAUUAUUUAGGGACUGGUGAAUGAGUUUUGAGCCAAUAAAAUAAAGACCCUUCAGAAGCCUGAUUGUGCAGAGGGCAGGGCUGAGCCUCUGCGGCUGGGGUUGGGGGAGGGGGGUUCUGCAGGGAUGAGACUCUUUCUGGGGGUCUCAGGGGGGCCCCUCAGGAGGCCUGGUCUGAGAAGUUGUAGUGCUAGGCUGGAGGUCAGGAAGACUGCAUUCUCAGAGCAAGUCAGCUAUACACACUUGGAAAAUAAGAGCUGGAAGGCUCUUAAAAAUCAGUGGCUCACCCCCUUGUUUUAUUUAUGGGGCAGCAACUUG